UCUCCCUCUCCCUCUCUCUCUGUCAGACACACACUCUCUCUCUUUCAACACACAUACACCCUGGCUGAGCUGUUCUUGCUGGCUGCAGCCGUGGGCCCCUGCUCACCGUGCCGCUGCCGCUGCCUGCGAAAUGACGGCGGUUCCCCUCACUUCCAGGAAUCCACGCUUCCUGGAAGGUGAGUGGCUGGGCUCACCCCUGCCUGCCACCGAGACGCAGACAUGCACACACCACCCGCACUCCCUCGCCGCUUCCAAGGCGGCGGCCGCGUUCGCACCCCAGGGUCUCACCGGCAAGGGAAGGAUAAUCUGGAGAGGGAUCCCUCAGGAGGGUGUGUUCCGGAUUUCUUGCCUCAGGCCCAAGACUCCAACCAUUUUAUAAUGGAAUCUUUAUUUUGUGAAAGUAGCGGGGACUCAUCUCUGGAGAAGGAGUUCCUCGGGGCCCCAGUGGGGCCCUCAGUGAGCACCCCCAACAGCCAGCACUCUUCUCCCAGCCGCUCACUCAGUGCCAACUCCAUCAAGGUGGAGAUGUACAGCGAUGAGGAGUCGAGCAGACUGCUGGGCCCAGACGAGCGACUCCUAGAAAAAGACGACAGCGUGAUCGUGGAAGACUCGUUGUCAGAGCCCCUGGGCUACUGUGAUGGGAGUGGGCCAGAGCCUCACUCGCCUGGUGGCAUCCGGCUGCCCAAUGGCAAGCUCAAGUGUGAUGUCUGCGGCAUGGUCUGUAUUGGCCCCAACGUGCUUAUGGUGCACAAACGUAGCCAUACGGUCUCCUCUCCCACGGUGGGCAAGCCCUACAAGUGCAACUACUGUGGCCGGAGCUACAAACAGCAGAGUACCCUGGAGGAGCACAAGGAGCGAUGCCACAACUACCUACAGAGUCUCAGCACUGAAGCCCAAGGGUUAGCUGCCCAACCAGGUGAUGAGAUUCGUGAUCUGGAGAUGGUGCCAGACUCCAUGUUGCACUCAGCAUCUGACCGGCCAACUUUCAUUGAUCGUCUGGCUAACAGCCUCACCAAACGCAAGCGAUCCACACCCCAGAAGUUUGUAGGUGAGAAGCAGAUGCGCUUCAGCCUGUCAGACCUCCCCUAUGAUGUGAACUCAGGCGGCUACGAAAAGGAUGUGGAGUUGGUGGCCCACCAUGGCCUGGAGCCUGGCUUUGGAGGUUCUCUGGCCUUUGUGGGUGCAGAACAUCUGCGUCCCCUCCGCCUUCCACCUACCAAUUGCAUCUCAGAACUCACGCCUGUCAUCAGUUCUGUCUACACCCAGAUGCAGCCUCUCCCUGGCCGACUGGAGCUUCCAGGGUCCCGAGAAGCAGGUGAAGGGCCAGAGGACCUGGGGGAUGGAGGUCCCCUCCUCUAUCGAGCCCGAGGCUCCCUGACUGACCCAGGGGCAUCCCCCAGCAACGGCUGCCAGGACUCCACAGACACAGAGAGCAACCACGAAGAUCGGGUUGGGGGGGUGGUGUCCCUCCCUCAGGGCCCCACACCCCAGCCACCUCCCACCAUAGUGGUGGGCCGGCACAGUCCUGCCUAUGCCAAAGAGGACCCCAAGCCACAAGAGGGCUUACUUCGGGGCACCCCAGGCCCCUCCAAGGAAGUGCUUCGAGUGGUGGGCGAGAGCGGUGAGCCUGUGAAAGCCUUCAAAUGUGAACACUGCCGCAUCCUCUUCCUGGACCAUGUCAUGUUCACCAUCCACAUGGGCUGCCAUGGCUUCAGAGACCCUUUUGAGUGCAACAUCUGUGGUUACCACAGCCAAGACCGGUACGAAUUCUCUUCCCACAUUGUCCGGGGGGAGCAUAAGGUGGGCUAGUGACCUCGCCCCCUACCUUUAGUCUGCCUCUCUACUGCCCCCUCCAGGUGUCUAGCUCUGUCCCCACCACUGGCCACAUGACCUCACAUGUGACCCUGACCCUCCUCACCUUUUCUUCUUCUCUUCCUUGACCAGUUUAGGCAUUGUGAUGAAACAGGUCUUUUAUGUUUCUCCUUUUUCUCUUUUUCUCUCACCCCAGCACACUGAGUUAUUUAUUGGUUGUUUUUCUUUUGCCUUUUUUUAACUUAUGGCCAUCCCUUGCCACUUCCCUCACGCUUCUCCCCUCAGCUUCCUUCUAAGCUAGGCCUAAUUUUUUUUUUUUUUCCUUGAUCCACCAUCCUCUAACAGCCCCAGGGGUCAGAAGCUCCUCUUCAAAGGAAGAGACUUUGUGCUUCUUGCUUUAAUCUUUGCCAUUUACUUUAUCCAAUUCUUCAGUUUUGAUGCUGAUACCUCCCAGUGGCACCACCUUGACUCUGUGGCAUUAUAUCUCCUCUCUGGGACCCUUCAGCCUGGUACUAUCCAUACCUCUUGUGCCCUCUCACUUUAGGCAGCUUGCACUAUUCUUGAAGAAUUUCCUCAUUUGGAAGUAGGAGGAGCUGAAGAAAUCCCCCCUGGGCACUGUGGGGCUGAGGAUCUUCUUGAGCUCCCAAAGCCUCCCUUUAGGGUCUCCCUCCAGGAUGUGAUACAACUCUUCCCUCUCCCACCACCCCUUGUCACCACUCUAGCCUCUUCAGCUGGCCACUCUACUCAGUGGUGGCUUUCCUCUCCUUGGAGUGCCCCCAUUUUAUAUUCUCAGGGGCCAAGGCUAGGUCUGCAACCCUCUGUCUCUGACAGACGGGGAGCCUCAGGUGCCUAACUGGGAGUCAGGGCAUAGGAAGGAGGUGAAUAAAAUCUCUCUCCUCAACUUCCCAAACUUUUUCACUCUUGUGACCUUCCUGGGCUCUCUGGGACUCCUGCAGUCCCUGUCCUGUGACAAACUGGUGGGCUGCUGCCUGAGCAGAGGACCUCUCAGCCCCUUACUCAUGCUGCCUUCUCCUCUCCCUCCCAGGAGGAGCCACCCUCUCAUUCCUGGACUUCUGGGCCCUGUUUUUACCAUCAGUGGCAGGAAGAAAAGGGUGUCUCUUUUCCCUCUUUCAGUAUAACCAAAAAUGAUCCCAGGAUGAUCAAGGCUCUGUGCCCCUCACCCAUUCUACCCAGCUCCUCCAAGUGGGCUCAUCCUUCACUGCCCUCCCACAUUCAGUUCCCAGACACAGGGCAGGAGGGGCUUCUGCUCCGGCUGCUGCAGAGCCCCUGGCUCUCUGCUAACUGCGGGUUCUAUUUGGAAAACCCAGGACUCAUGAGAGGGGAGGAGGCAGCCCAGCUCCACUGUAAGUGGAGGCCUCGUCCUACAGAGUUCCCUGCCCGCGGCCACAGCCAUCCCACUCUCUCUUCCUUGAGAUUCAAACCAAAGGCUGUUUUUCUAUGUUUAAAGAAAAAGUAAAAACCAAACACAACACCUCACAAGUUAUAACUCUUGGUCCUUCUUCUCUUUUUCUCUUCCUUUCCCUUCCAUCUUUUUCCACAUGUCCUUUCCUCAUAGGCUCUUUUGCCUUUCCGACUUUUCUCACUCCCUAUCAGGGAUAUUUGGGGUUAAGGAUCAAAUCCUGGGAUUGGGACUCUUCAGGGUUCUGAGAAGAGUCUACCUUACCCUGUCAUGGGAAAGGACAUCACUUUCUCCUCUUCCACCUUUUCCUCCCCUGUUACAUGGUUUCCCCGAGAGAACCAGAUUGGCAGGGAGAGGCUGCCUAGGGUGAUUGUUUCUCCUUGACAAUGUAGCAAUAAAUAGGUGCUGCCAAGGGCAGAGGAUGGGGCAGUCAACUUAGAGGAGAGUGGUCCCUCAAGAGGGGAAGAGUUUUCUCAACAGCACCCUGGGGCAUUCCUGUCCAGGAUGGCAGCAAAGCUGAGAUUAAUAUCUAGGCUUCUCCUGAGCUAUUCUGGUUAUUGAGCCCCUUUCCCUUAGACCUACGCCUUCCACUUCUGCAUCUGCUGUGCAUUGAUGAUACCUCAUAAGGACUAGUCCCCCUUGUGGGGUAUCAGAGCCUUAGGGUGCCCCAUCCCCUUCUCUAGUCAGCCUUGGCACCAGUAACCUCCUGGAACAUGAAGGACUGUGCUCUGAGGCGACUCUGUGCCCAUGAGAGCAGAGACUGGAAGGGCAAGACCAGGUGCUAGGGAGGGAGAGAAGGGCAUUCUGUCUCUCUCCAGACGACCACUGCACUUUAACCAGGGUCUUAGGUACAAAAUCCUCCUCUUCAGAGCCUUCCAGCUCUGGAACCUCAAACAUCCUUUUGCUCUCUCCCAGCUCCUUUUGCAUAAAAAAAAAAAAAUUAAAGAAAGAACCACACAUGAGCAUACACACACACUGAAACCCACAUGGAGAAAAGAGGUGUUUCCUUUUAUAUUGCUAUUCAA